AUGAGCUGUGGAAAUGAUUUUGUGGAAGCGCUUAAGAAAAUUGGAUAUCCAAAAGCUGAUGAGCUUAAUGGAGAAGAUUUUGACUGGCUGUUUGAGUCUUCAGAAGGCAGAUCGUUUCUGGAGUGGUUUUGUGGAAAUGUAAAUGAGCAGUAUGUGGUAUCUGACAAAGAACUGCAAGAUUUUGAUAAUCUUCUUGAGUCUGGGAAGCCCAUUUUGGAAGGAAAUGCACUUGAUGAAGUCCUUGAAACCUUGAAGCCCCUGGAUUCACAGAAUGGUAGCCAAGAAAAGGAAGAGGAGGAACUGAAGAAAUUAGAGGAUGAGCUUCAAAUUCUUCAGAAGUUAAAAAAACUUCAGCUUCAUCGACAUAAUAAGCUUCAAAUGAUGGUUGCCUCAAACAGCCAUAUGUUACAAACGGUUAAAAGCAAAGAGGAAGAAGCACAUAAAGAUCUGAAGGAAGGACUGCAGGUCUUUACUGCAGCAAAUAACCAGCUUAAUAAUGACCUGCAGUCUCUUAUAGAUGCAGCUAAGAAAUUGGCCUCUUUCUUCACUGCAUCAGAUUCAGAGCAGGGGUCAGGUCAAAAUCCAGUGUUUUUUUCCCAGCUUUCUUUGGACAAGUACUUGUCUCAGGAAGAACAAAGCACUGCAGCACUUAACUCGUACAUAAAAACCCAUUUUUAUCAAGGUAUGUCUCGAGGGGUUGAAAAGUCACAUGAAGACAGCUUUCAGCUGGCUGAUAUAAGUGAACAAGUCGCAUCCGAUGAGACUAAUGAAGUUUGUGAAGAGAAUCGAGAGAUGGCCAGGCUGCAGACAGCGUAUGUUUGUGCUCAACGACAGCUAAUUCAGACACAAGCUAAAGAAGAGAGCAUUAAUUCAGCUAUAAAAUGUGCAGAGUGCAUGCUGCAGUCCUUAAACAACAAGGAUAUUGGAAAACAAAACCUCUGUGCCAAAAUACCUACUUUAAAUGAUGAAAUUUCAGCAAUUAAACAAGAAAUGUCUCGGAUAAAUGAUGAAGAGCUGCUUCCCCUUCUGAAAGAGAAAGCACGACUUUUGAGCACUCCACUGGUGAAAGGACACUUGGAUUGUCAGAUUGCUCAGCAGGACUCUUAUGCUUCAAGACAAGAUGAAAUAUGCAGGCAUUUGAUAAGACAGAAAGCAUCGUUUGAACUUAUUGAGCUAGCCUGUGAAAUGGAGUUGAAGAAACAUAAGGAGAUUUGCCGUCAACUCGAGAAUUUGGUAGAAUCUCUGAAACGGAGGACUAAGGAGUUGCAACAGAGACUACUGGUGAUAACAGAGCAAACUCAGCAUGCAAAGCCAAGAAACACUAUUAGUUCAGAGGAUGGUUUCUCAUGCAGGCUGUAUGAGCUUCUGGAAGGAGAAAAGGAAAACCAGCAAUCGUUUAAAACAUAUGAAAGCCUGGAGCACAUGGCUCAGAAGUUAAAGCAGGACUGUGUUACAGUACAAGAUCAGCUAGCAGCAUCUUCUCAAGAACAGUCUCUCUUUUUGUCCAAGCUACAAAGUGAUGUAGAUACCCUGCAUGAUGCUCUGUAUCAUGGAGGAAAUCGGAUAAAACUCAGUAGUCAGGAACUUACUGAGCAGUUUCAUCAACUGGAAGAUGAUUUAAAUAAACUAAAUCAGCUUCUUAUGGAUUUGAUUGCUGACGUGAAGUCAAAGAGGAACUUUCUGGAGUCAAAUGAACUACAUCAGAUGGAAAGAAACUUGUAUGUGCAUUUUUAUGAAAACGAAGACAACUUGAAAGAGAUGGUGGAGAAGCUUGAGCAGCAGGCUGAGGCUAAAGCCAGGGUUCUGGAAGAUUAG